AAGACGGUUUGGAUUCCGGCUUGAAGGCAGCCACCUUACAACGGCAAGUGGUGGCAUUAUUGACCGUCCUCCCUCGCAUAGGAGGAUACAGGAUGACCAAGCACCCCUACAUACAGCUGUUUCUACAAGGGGCAGCCAAGUCGCUUCCUCAGAUACACAGGUUCCCAACCUGGAGGCUACACAUGGUUUUGACAGCCCUUACCAAAGCGCCAUUCGAACCUCUCAGGGAAGUCGGAAUGAAGUGGCUCCAGAUGAAGACGUUAUUCCUGGUGGCGAUAACCUCAGCACGUGUGGCAAAGCACUUCCGGGUCUUUCAAAACAAGAAGAUUGCUGUGGUACUGUAGGUACUUCCUGGGGCUUUCAUAAAUGCCAAAAAUGUCCAAAGAAACCAGUUUACUCUGGAUAUAGCCCAGUGGUGGACUGUCCACAAGGUUAUAAAAGAAUUAAUGCUACUUUUUGUCAAGACAUUAAUGAAUGUCAACUGCAAGGGGUGUGCCCUAAUGGUGAGUGUUUGAAUACCAUGGGCAGCUAUAGGUGUACCUGCAAACCAGGAUUUGUGCCAGAUCACACCCUUUCCAGAUGCAUCCUUGAUAAUCCCAUGGUCACUGAAGAGAAAGGGCCCUGCUACCGGUUUGUCAGUGCAGGAAAGCAGUGUAUGCACCCUCUCUCUGUUCAGCUCAGCAAGCAGCUCUGCUGUUGCAGUGUUGGCAAGGCCUGGGGCCCCCACUGUGAGAAAUGUCCCCUUCCAGGAACAGCUGCUUUUAAGGAAAUCUGCCCUGGUGGAAUGGGCUAUACGGUUUCUGGCUCUCACAGAAACAAGCUAUACCAUCACCCUGCAGUUAGAGUUCAGCCACCUCUCAAUGGCAAGACCCAGAUUACUCAACAUGUUGCUAAAGGUACUUCUCCUCCACCUCUCCCAGCAAAGGAAGAGCCAGUGGAGGCACUGACCAUCUCACAGAAAAGUGAGCCCGAGGUGGCUGUGCGAGAAGUGGGAACUACAGACCCAGAUCAGGAAUUAGUUUCACUUGAUGACCAAGAAAAGCCUAUAAUACAGCCUGGCCAACCUCAGCUUUCUCCUGGGAUUUCAACCAUUAACCUGCAGCCACAGUUUCCAGUAGUAGUUGAAAAAACCUCUCCUCCUGUCCCUGUUGAAGUUGGCCCUGAUGUCUCUACUUCAAGUGCUAGUCAAGUAAUAGCACCAACUCAGGUUACAGAAAUCAACGAAUGCACCGUGAACCCUGAUAUCUGUGGAUCAGGACAUUGUGUUAACUUGCCUGUUGGGUAUACAUGCUUCUGCUAUGAGGGCUACAGACUUAAUGAUCAACAAACAAAAUGUUCUGAUAUUGAUGAAUGUACUCAGACUCCCCAUCUUUGUUCCCUUGGGCGUUGUGAAAAUACAGAAGGAAGCUUCCUUUGCAUUUGCCAGGCAGGGUUCAUGGCCAAUGAACAAGGAACAGACUGUAUUGAUGUUGAUGAAUGUGCCAGGCCUCAUACCUGUGGGGAAGGCCUUUGUGUAAAUACCAUUGGUUCAUAUAGAUGUGAAUAUUGUGAAAGCGGAUUCCGAAUGGUCAGGCGAGGACAGUGUGAAGAUAUUGAUGAAUGCUCGAUUCCACAUACUUGUCCAGAUGCACAUUGCAUUAAUACUCCUGGUUCUUACCAAUGUGUCCCCUGCAGAGAUGGGUUCAGAGGCUGGAAUGGAAAGUGUCAUGAUAUAAAUGAAUGUCAGUACAGCAGUCUCUGCACAAACGGGCAGUGUGAAAACCUUGAAGGCUCUUUCAGAUGCCUUUGCAGCCAAGGUUAUCAGCUGUCUCAAGCAGGAGAUCAGUGUGAAGAUGUGGAUGAAUGUCUACUGCAGCAGCAGCUGUGUGCAAAUGGACAAUGCAGAAACAUAGCUGGAUCCUACAGAUGUCUUUGUGGCCAAGGCUACCAACUGUCAACCACAAAAGACUAUUGUGAAGAUAUUAAUGAAUGCCAAGAAGACCAUAAUAUCUGCCGUGGAGGGAACUGCAUUAAUACCAAAGGUUCUUAUGAAUGUACUUGUCCAAGUGGCUUCCAUCCAAUACCUUCCAGGGGUUGUCAAGACAUCAAUGAAUGUGCAGGAACGAAUCUCUGUUUACCCCAUGGGGAAUGUUUAAAUACAGAAGGCUCUUUCCAUUGUGUUUGUGAACAAGGUUUUACAGUUUCUGUCGAUGGUCAGAUGUGUGAAGAUGAAGAUGAAUGUGCCAACAAUACUGUAUGCGGCAAUCAUGGGUUCUGUGAAAAUUCAGCUGGCUCCUAUCGUUGCCUUUGUUACCAGGGUUAUCAAUAUCUGCAGGAUGGUCAAGGGUGUGUGGAUGUGAAUGAAUGUGAAAUGCUGAGCGGGGUGUGUGGGGAAGCCCUGUGUGAAAAUGUAGAAGGCUCCUUCCUGUGUCUGUGUUCCGAUGAAAACCAGGAGUAUGACCCAAUGACUGGACAGUGUCGCCUCCGUUCCUCACCAGACGUAACAGUAGACACCAAGGAACCAGCAGAUGAGAAGAAGGAAUGUUACUACAAUUUAAAUGAUGCUAAUUUCUGUGAUAAUGUCCUAACAUCCAAUGUGACCAAACAAGAAUGCUGCUGUACUUUGGGUGCUGGCUGGGGUGACAACUGUGAAAUAUUUCCAUGUCCUGUGCUUGGAAGUGCUGAGUUUACUGAACUGUGCCCAGAAGGAAAAGGAUUCAUACCCUCUGAAGAUCCAUCUUAUGGAGCCACUACAGAAACUUAUGAAGAUGCAGAUGAAUGUCAGCUGUUUGGACAAGAGAUAUGUAAGAACGGCUUCUGUUUAAAUACACAGCCAGGCUACGAGUGUUACUGCAAACAGGGCACAUACUAUGAUCCUAUUAAACUCCAGUGCUUUGAUACGGAUGAAUGUCAAGACCCCAACAGCUGUAUCGAUGGCCAGUGCGUCAACAAUGAAGGCUCUUACAGCUGUUUCUGUACCCACCCAAUGGUCCUGGAUUCCACAGAAAAGCGAUGUAUCAAACCAGCAGAAUCUAGUGAGCAAACUGAAGACACCGAUGUCUACCAGGACCUUUGCUGGCAACAUCUGAGUGAUGAUUUUGUUUGCAGCCGGCCUCUUGUUGGAAAGCAAACUACUUACACGGAGUGCUGUUGUUUAUAUGGUGAAGCAUGGGGCAUGCAGUGUGCUCUCUGUCCCAUGAAGGACUCAGAGGAUUAUGCCCACCUGUGCAACAUUCAGGUUCCUGGAUCACGAAGGCCAUAUGGGCAGGAUGCAUUGGUUGACUUUGAAGAGGAGCACUACAGUCCAGAAACUGAUCCAUACUUUGUGGAAGACCGUUUCCUGAACAGCUUUGAGGAGUUGCAAGCAGAAGUAUGUGGCAUUCUGAAUGGAUGUGAAAAUGGACGCUGUGUAAGAGUCCAGGAAGGCUAUACCUGUGACUGUUUUGAUGGCUACCAUUUGGACAUGGCCAAAAUGACAUGUGUUGAUGUGAAUGAAUGUAAUGAACUGAAUAACAGGAUGUCUCUCUGCAAGAAUGCCAAGUGCAUUAACACAGAAGGAUCGUACAAAUGUGUCUGUCUACCUGGCUAUAUCCCUUCAGACAAGCCUAACUACUGCACACCCCUGAACUCAGAUACAGACAGUGAACUGGAGUAAGAGAAGCAGUAGGUGCCAUGUAACUUUAAGCCCAUAUACUCUGCACUGUAUAAAGAAAAGGAAAGAAAGAAGUGUAUUUAACUUGAGUUAAGGAUGCUCCUAAUCCAGAGUUUGGCUGUAUAUGGAAAACAAGCAUGAAAACAUAGCUUUGGAAAAAUGAAAAAUGAUGUGUUAAUCUACAUGAGCUUCACUAAAGUGACAGACCAAAUGGACACAUUUUCUGUGUAUGGAGGAAGCAAUGAAGUAUAUAGUGUGUUCAUAAGUAAAAUUCAUGGGAAUAAGCAAAGUGUGCUAUUAUUUUUGAACAGAAAAGGGUUUUUAACUAUUGCUUGAUUUAUUUGUCAUUUAAUUAGUCGUGGAAAUAUUUUAUAUUACUUGUUAAUUUAGCAGUUCUUUGCCUACUGUUUCUUUGGACGCUUCCCUUCCCACCUUUGAUCCAAUUGCAAUAUAAACAAUUUUCUAAACAUUGUUAUACACAAGGUAAUGCUCGUCUUUGUCUGGAACAUUGGCCAGUUACUUUUUUAAAUUGCUAAUUGUCUGCCCUGUGGAGCAGGCCCUGUUUUCUUUUUUUUUAAGUGCACACAUCAUGGAGAGAAAUCCUUUAUAUUAGUUUUGUAUUUUGUGUGGCCUUGUUACUGCACUUAACAUGCCUUAGGACCUGUCUUGCCGCGUUUCAAAGCUGCUAGAGGACGACCAUUGGACGCCUUUUGUAUAUCAUAACAAAAGAUCUGAGCUCCUGUCUGUAUUUGAAUGUGUAAAUUGAACACAGACCUUUUAUUAAUUACCCUAACGUAUUAAACCUGUAUAUUAAAACUCAAUAAAAA